AUGUCUUCAAGUGUUUCUGUUAUUAUUCUUGGUCUAAUUCAUCUGUAUUGUUUUUACAGUAAUUUCUAUUUCUUUAUUUUUAUACAAGCAUCCACUGAAGAUAAUUUAAAUUUUACAAUAAAGUACACUUUUAUAAAACUAGUCAGAAAUUUACUGCUUAACAUAAUAAUAUUAAUACAGAAAAUACAAAAAUAUAUUAAACCACACAAAUUAAACAACCACAUAUAA